GACAGAACAAAUAGAGAAGCAUUCGGUGAAGUAGACCGGAAUGUAGAAGGAUUGAGGAAUCUGUUUGGAUUGCAAGCAAAGAUUGGGCCACAAGCUAGAGUUUGAAGCACACAAAAUGAAGAGGAAACGUGGCAUUGCAAGUUUUUUGUCACCAAAGAGGAUAGAAAGUGAGGCUGAGCAACAGGGAAGUGACAAGGUAAAUGACCAGGGACAUGAGGAGGUGGAAGGAGAUGAAGAACAGCAACAGGAAAGUGUCAGUGAUGAGAUAGAAGGCAAAGAUGAACAGGGACAGGAGGAGGAAGGAGAACACAACAGAGAAGAAGAGACGGAAGAGGGAGAGCAUCACAUAGACAAGGUGCAAGAGGGAGAGAGCGAGAGACAACAAGACGGCAUGCAGAGCUCAGACAGUGAGGGGGAAAGGAAUAUUCCUAAGCCCUUGCAACCAACGGCCAGUCGAGUUGGUCCACAUGACAUAUCCAAGUCCAGGUGUGAGGAGCCAGCUCAGCCGACACGGGAGAGUUUCCCCAAGACCCUUCAGGGAGGAGCCAGAAGAAGCUUCAGAACGGACUGGUACAAAACUCAUUCAUGGCUUGAGUACUCACAGUCCAAUGAUUCAGCGUAUUGUUUCCCCUGUAGACAUUUCUCUUUACCUGAUGCCCCCAAGACCGUUUUCACCUCAAUUGACGGGUAUCGUAACUGGAAAAAGGCCACAAUGAAAGACAGUGGUUUCUGUUAUCAUGCCCGAUCUGAAAGCCAUGUAAAUACAAUGUUUGCAUGGGGAGAAAACAAGAAACUAAACUAA